GUUUAAAAAAUAAAUAGUCAUUUGUCGAUUUUUUUUUUGUAUCAUUGCCAUAAUGUAUGAUUGAAUUGAAAAAGUAUAUUACAAAAGUUGUAUGAAAAACUGCAAAAAAAGAAAAUAGUGAGGAUUUCAAUACCUGAGAAAUGAAAGCAUUAAUACAACGUGUUAUGAACGCUAAUGUAGCGGUGAAUGGCGAAAUUAUAAGCAGUAUUGAUCAAGGAUUAUGUGUGCUCAUUGGAAUAUCUAGAAAUGAUACUGUGAAAGAUAUUGAAUAUAUUGUACGAAAACUUUUGAGCAUUAGACUGUUUGAUGAUGACUCCAAUGCAAAAUGGAAGAAGAAUGUUGUUGAAAAAGGCUAUGAACUACUGUGUGUUAGUCAGUUCACUCUCUAUAAUACAUGGAAGGGAAAUAAACCUGACUUCCACAAUGCAAUGUCGGCAGAUAAAUCCAAAGAGUUCUAUGAAAAAUUUCUUCAAAUGCUGAAAGACACUUAUGAACCUGAUAAAAUUAAAGAUGGUCAGUUCGGUGCCUAUAUGCAAGUUUCAUUACAAAACGACGGUCCAGUUACAUUGGAAAUAGAAUCUCCAUGUACACCAAGUAAAAGUAGGAGCAGAAAUGGAGUACAAGAAGUACCUCAAGUUGAUCUAAGUAAAGAAGAUGACUUCAAUUGAUAAUUUAAGUAUAAUUAUAUUUAUUGCUUAGUGAAUUAAUAUUUAUGUAAAUAUGAUAUGAUCUCGCAAU